AGAUGUGAUAAACUACCUGUUCAAUGUGUAGUUCAUUCUGGUGAUUAUCUAGAAGAGAUAAUAUUAGAUCCUUUAUCUAAAUUGACAUCUGAUAUUGCAAUUGGUUUGAAUGAUACGUUGACGAAUAAUAAGAAUGAAGAAGAUCUAAGUAUCUAUAUGUCACCUACAAAGAAAUCAAAUACAAGUAAUAAUAAUAGUCCAUUAUCACCAACAAGACCAAAUGGAGGAUUAGGUGUUACAUUACAAUCUUCAUCUUCAUCACCUUUAAAAUCAUUGGGUUCUUCAAUCAACCAAAUCACAUCUUCACCCAAUAAUAGUGGCAGUAAUAGCAAUAAUAUAUUAUCAUCAUCACUAUCGAAUGAUUAUUAUUGUAUAGAUUGUAAGAAAGGAUUUCAAUCUGAACAAACUUGGAACACUCAUAUUGGUAGUACAAAACAUAUUAAUCAAGUUAAAGAAAAUAAGAAAAAGUCUACGUCGAAUGUAUCAUCUCCAACAUCUACUUCUAAAACAACAUCAACAACAAAUAAGAAAAAUGAAGAAAAGGCCAAUAAGGGAGGAAAAACAAAACAGUCAAAAGAUACACCCGAUGAUAAUAAUACAGCAGCUGUAUUAUCACCAACAUCAUCAACAUUUAUAAAAAAACAAUUAGAAUUGAUGGCAAAUGUACCUGGUAAACCAUUGCUGACUUGCAAGAAUAUGUUUCAAGCAGCUAAAAAUUAUUCUCAAUUUCAUAUGAUCAAUGAUUGUUCAAAAUCAUUAUUGGCAAUAUUAGAUGUAUUAAAAGUGCAACAACAAAAAUCAUCAUCAAAUGGGAUUAUACAACCAUUGACAAAAAAUAAUAAUAAUGUUGGAUCAUGGAAUGAAGAUUUUAGUUCAAUUGAAUUAAUGUUACCAUUGGAUUUGAAAAUAGAUAUAUGGACAAAGAUUGGAUUAGAAACUAAAACUUAUUUAUAUCUGGCAAGAUUAACAAGACUUUUUGAUAGAAAAUUAACUGAAACUUUUAUAUCAAAAUGUUUAUCUUCUUCAUCACUAUUGGAUAAAUCUUUAAUCACAAAUAUUGAAAGAGAUGGUUCUUAUAGAUUAUUUAUUAUUGAUCCAAGUAUGGUUAUUAAUAGAUUAACAAAAAUUGUAGAAAAUUCUAUUCAUUCUAAAAAUCAACAACAACAACAAACCAAUCCUCCUCCUCUUCAUCCUCAACAAGAAGAACAAAAACCAUUAUAUGAAGAAUAUUUAAAUAUGAUUGACGAAAUGGCUGGUAUAUUAUCAUUUGAUAAAUGUCAUCCAUUAUCAUUGUUUUAUUAUUAUCUUUCCAUUUCAAUUUCAUUAUCUUUUCAAUUAAAUGAAAGAGUAUUAAGAACAAUUCAAAGAUGUAUUAGAUUAUUUGUUGGAAUGGAUUAUGAUUAUUUAGUUUCUGAUUUUUAUCUAAGAUAUUAUCAAUUAACUGGACAAGAUGAUUUAUCAAUACUUUGUGAUAGUUUGAGAUAUUCAGUACAAGCAAAUGAUUCUAAUCGUUUGAAUACUCUUUUAAAAUUGUACCAAACAAAUCAUAAAAACUAUCAUUUGCAAUCAUAUUGCGAUAAAUCCAUAGAACAACAAACACAAAUAUUAAUUUUAAAGUGUUGUUUGUCAGUUCAAAAAAGUAAUAGUUUGGAAAUGGAAGAAACAAGAGAUCAAUUUGAACAUAUUCUCUCAACUGAUAGAGAUUCUCUAAACUUUUUUUCUCUUUGUUUUGAAAAAUCAUUAUAA